UUCUAUGGUCAGCGCACCGUAGGUUUAAUCACUUCAGAGGACUCGCACCCGGAACAGACACAGAUUAGAAUUGAAUAGAGAGAGGAGAGGGAUUAAGUAGACGAAGAUAGAGAAGGAGAGGGGGGAAACGUUUUACCUCCCAACUCUUUUUCUAUCUCGCGCACAUUUCUGCUGCUGCUUGGGUUUGUUUUGAAUCUCACCCUCUCCGAGAAUGGUUUCUUCGGCUCUCUCUCGGCUAGCUAACCUCCAAAAACAUUUUAACCCUGUAGACUCGCUCAGGAAGGGUGGUAGUAACUAUGCUGGUGCUGGGUCGGUAAAGAUAUCCCCUGAUGUUUCUGAAGCUUUAUCACAUAGGAAAGCAGUUGUUGCUCUCGAGUCCACCAUUAUUUCUCAUGGAAUGCCCUAUCCUCAAAACUUGGAAACUGCAAUGGAGGUGGAGGCAGUCAUAAGGGAAAAUGGAGCGGUUCCUGCUACUGUUGCUAUUUUAGAUGGCGUACCAUGCAUAGGUUUGAGUAUGGAAGAACUGGAGAGGCUGGCUAAUCUGGGAACUAAAGCUCAAAAGACAGCUCGCCGGGACAUUGCACAUGUUGUGGCUACCAGAGGGAACGGUGCAACUACUGUUUCUGCAACUAUGAUUUUUGCUUCUAUGGUUGGGAUUAAUAUAUUUGUUACUGGGGGUAUUGGGGGGGUGCAUAGACAUGGAGAGAAGACAAUGGAUAUAUCUUCUGAUCUCACAGAGCUUGGAAGGACUCCUAUAGCAGUAAUCUCUGCCGGUGUAAAAUCAAUAUUGGAUAUUCCCAAAACCCUCGAGUACUUGGAAACUCAGGGAGUUUGUGUUGCUGCUUACAAGACCAAUGAGUUUCCAGCAUUUUUCACCGAAACAAGUGGCUUUAAGGCGCCUUGUUGUGUAGAUACACCAGAAGAGUGUGCUCAGCUAAUCGCUGCUAACAUGGAACUCAGGCUUGGAACUGGUAUUUUGAUAGCAGUCCCAAUUCCAAAAGAACACUCUGCAUCCGGAAGUUUAAUUGAGUCUGCAAUUCAGAGAGCUCUUAAAGAGGCUAGGGAGAUGAGUAUAAUGGGUAAUGCUGAAACGCCAUUCUUGCUUUCUAGAGUGAACGAACUAACUGGAGGAGCUUCUUUAGCUUCAAACAUUGCACUUGUGAAAAAUAAUGCACGAAUUGGUGCUAAGAUUGCAGUUUCCCUUGCUCAGCUUCAAGAAUGGAGCUGCAAAGGUGAAGCAAAUUCAGAAUGACCGUUAUUGAUGUGGCGGCAAACUGACUCGUGAAGUUUAUUUCUGUUGUUGACCAUUUUUGUAUUCAAGCUACUCUCACGUGCUUAAGACGAAAUGGAUUAUGAAAGAAAAAAGAAGCACGGUGAGACUUAGAAAAUGUGCAAUAUUUGCUGCUCAAGUUGUAGAAGUCGAUCACAAUCACCACAACCGGGGAUGGCUGAAUUCAAAUGGUAUGAAGGUUUCACUCUUGCUUACCAAAUAGUGGCUGGUGACUUCUGUUUUAGCUAUCGUGUAUUAAAUUUAAUGAUCUUAUGUUUUGGGAAUUCGGUAGGAUUUAAUUUCAUUCCAACUUCUCUAGGAAUUCUAGCCAUUUCCCACAUAUUUUUGUUGAAUUAAUGAAUUAAUUUUUCAGAAUCUAAAUGUAUUGAUAAAUGCAUGUAUAUGAAUGUGUUUUAUUUAUAAUGCAUCAACUACUUAACCGUUGGUUGGA